AUGUGGCAUCAGGAAUGAUUAUUAACUCAAUCAACUAGUUUGUAAAUUUUAUUUUAGGCUUGAUAGUAUGUCAGGAAUUUAUGCAAAUAAGGAUUUCUCUGCUGUAUUUACCUCCCAUGUCGAUAUGAUUCGCUUGGAAAAAUCUUCGAGCUUUACAAAUCAAAAACUUGUUAUUCCUAGAACAAAUGAUUUCACUAAAAAGAGACAUUUGAAUACUUUAAAGGAAUUGCAAAACAACAUAGUUAAUAGUUUUCUAAUUGAUACUUCGAAUAAGGACGUAUCGGUUCGUGAAAUAAAGAACUCUGUUAAUUUAAACAUGGAAAAGGGUGGAAAAAAAUCGGUUUUAGAUGGCUUGGGAUAUUUUCCAGUUUCCAUGAAUGCCUUAGAGAAUUGUCCACAUAAAGACAAACAUCUUUGCCUAAAUAUUCGGGAGGAAAAAGUUCCAGAAUUCAGUAUUAAGGUUAAGAUUCCCUUUCGAGAAAAUGCCCUUGUUAUCCGAAAUAAACAUAUAGUUAAAAUAUCACGAAUUGUUACCGACGCAACCACAAAAGAUGCGCUUCAAAUUUCGAUCGAUGUUAUUAACAAAGGACUUGAGGCACAGGAAUUUUCCAUAUUUGUUUCCAACUGUGAAAUAUCAAAAAGUGCCUCAAUUAAAACCAGUGCCAACAAACUAUUGCAGCCCGAUAUUGGUCAAACAGUCACCUUUUUAUUGCCUUUAAUAACAGGCUCGAGGAAAAACCAUAAAUUUAGUUGUGAUGUGGUUGUUAAAGCCAAUUCUUUCAAAGACUUUGACGAAAUGGAUGUCAAUAUACCAAAACGAAAUGACCCAAAAGUUGGAGUUAUUGCAAAGAGAUCAAUGGACAUUAAAUGCCACUCAAGGUGCUUUUGUGUUUGGCGCUGCCGAUGCCACUGCAUUGAAAAAUUGGAGACUUUCAUUAACUAUAAUGUUUGUGAAAGAAUGGACCCUAAGUCGGAAAAAGAAGCUGGCUUAAUUUACAAUUGUCCUCCGGGUAAUGAAAAAAAGGAUGUGUGCAUCAAGGAUAUUUCGAACGAACGCAACGACGACAACGAAACAUGCAAUCUUACUUGCCAAAUUUUGGCCAUUGCUUUGCUCAUUUUGAUUUUACUAUUUUUGUUGGGUCUUUUAAAAGCUAUUCUGGGAAUCUGUUCUCAAACAAUAGGUCGAUGUGGUUUCGACACUGUGCAACCUGGAAGAGCAUAUGAAUGCACUUCUGGAGCAAGAACAUUUUUAAUAAAUUGUUUCUUUUUUGUUAUAUAUCCCUUUGCAUGUUGGUGUACGUUUUUCCGGCCAAAGGCUAAGGACAUUAUCGAUGCCACCUCCGAUUGGAAUUCCAAGUCUGAGGAUGAACUUGAGUGCAGCUGUGAAUCAAACGAUUCAAGUAUACAAUGUCGACUUCAUGGUGGCCAGGAUCAAAAACUGCACAACGAUUUAGUUCUCGCCUUUGCACCACUCCACGAAAAUGGCUUAUUCAAAGAUGACAAAUCAGAUGACGAGGAGAGUCAUUUGUUUAUUUUAGAAGUACUAGAGGAAAGCAAAACUUCAUUAAAUAAAAUGAUGAGCCAGGCUUCAGAUCCACCGCAAAAUGUUGAGCAAAGUAGGGAAAUUAGUAUGGAUGUCAUAGCUGCCGAAGAUACAGUGGAUAGUCUUAAGAACUCGCAAAUAGUUUAUAGAACAAUGAGUUCACCAGUUGGUGGUGUAAUCGACAUACCAGACAACUAUCAAUACUGUGUGAAAGGUUUCUUUCUACCAACUGUUAAUUCCACUUAUGAAUUUAUGAGCUAUCAUCCAUUAACUCAGUUCUUGGGAGUCUCAGAACAGAACGAAGUAAGAAGACUUCCACAACCUCAAUAUAUCUACUCAGAUGAAUUCUCUAAGAUAUAUGCUGAUAAAACGGAGGUCCAUAAGGCAGGAGAUCUUUCAGCGGUUCCCCCCUUAAAUGUACCUUGUAUAAACGUCGACCGUUGGAACAUGCUGGAGAAUUCCUUUGUCAAACUUUCAGCACAACAGGAGCAGUUAAAAGCGAAUAAGAAGGAAGAAGAAAUUUAAAUAUCUCCAUAAUUUUGUUUUAACUUUCUUAAUUCUUAAUGUUAAUUCUGCGGAACCAUUGGAACCCGGUUGGAGGUUUCCUUUGUCAAACUUUCAACUAAGAAGGAACUAGAAAUACUAUAAUUAAUAAGAAACGCAAACAUCUCAAUAAUUAAAGUUAAUUUCAAUUAAA